UCGAGGAGCAUCUGGCUCAAGCUUUGUUGCCCGCAGCUUGGAUCUCCAAGCUUGCACUGCACCGUACUGGCACCGAUGGCAACUCUUGAUGACGGCUACACCGAGUGGUUCGACAUGUUUGGCCAGAAGGCGGACGUCAUUUUACUAUGCGGUGUCGCAUUGGCGCUGAUUGGCACUUGUGCCUUCAUGUACGAGAUGUACUCUCUUGUUGGUCGCUAUCCUGACCAGCCCCCUGCAUGGGCGACCUUCGAGAACCUGAUCAAGCACUUUCCGAACUCGCAAAAGAUGACUUGCCUUGACUUCUACUUAGGGUCUGAUCUGAUAUGUUUGGCAUUGCUGCCUGAACUGAAGAGCCGAUCGCGUGCGUUUCUGUUUUUUACCGGACUUACUUGUAUCUGCUUAAUCGUCGUAAUCGGGUUCGGACACGUCUGUCCACACGUGUGCCGCAUGAUCCGCAAGAGGCCCGCAGCGAAUGCCACGGAGUUCCGCGGUGACACUAUUUUUCUGGAUUUCACGGUCCCGAUGUCCGAGGUGUGCGUCAAAGCCUUAGCUCAGAUCUCGUUGUUCAGUGUGUACGUCGUUGGGCUCUAUGACGCGUUGAUACGCCCUACGGUUGACAUCAGUUUGACAUAUUGGGCAAUUUCGAUUGUAGCGGUUCAGUUCUACAUGUUCAAUGCCGAUCCUCAGACUAGCAGGUCGACCUAUAUUUCAUCUGCCCAUUUAAUCGAAGAAGUGUUUUCUCGUGGUAGAGAACACACUUGUUUCGUGAGGACUGGAGAGGCUGAGUGGAUUCGCCCGCCAAGACCGAGCAUGAUCCUUCGGUGUAUCCUCCAUUUUGUGGUGAACGGUGUUGGAUUUGUUCUGAUAUGGUUGACGGUGCCGUUGUUGGUGUCAUACUCCGAGUCACCUCUUGACUAUCUUAUGAAUUUAUUCGCGGUGACAUUUCUCACCCAACUCGAUGAUGCCACCGAAGCGCAGACGUUCCAGAUCAGAUUUCAAAUUGGUUGCGACAACGUGCCCUGUUCGAUCGAAGAGCGAAGGCCACGCAAGCAAAUGUUGUCGGAACACCGAAGGAGUGCAACAAUUCCGUCCAUCGAAUCGGGCACCGCUGAAUCGGAGCUGGAAAGCUUGAGACAUCGCCUCGCAGUGCUAGAGGCCAAAUUUGGGUCUUCAUGAUGACUCUCAGCCAGGCUAUUCUGCGAAGCUUUGCACGCCGCGAUUGUGCAACUUUGAUUCGUUGGUCCGCGAUCGACACAAGUUCAACCAGGCGGGCUCUGCAUUGGUGGCAUUCGCCCACGCUUGACACCAAUUCAAGCAGGUUGGACAGCAUUGCAAGCGAAUUCGGCUCCGCUGCAGCAGCGGGGCAUGGCCCUCUGCACUGCUCAGCCGAAGCAGAGCAGUGUGUCCUGGCCUCUCUCUCGAAUAUCUGGACCACAGAGCUGGCGUUGGCGGUCGAUUGCAGUGUUAGUACGUACUCGUAGUGAAGGAUUCACGACGUCCUACGCGACGCGAACACAGGGCCGAUCACCUGCGUGCCUAUCGAUACGCCUGGGGCUCGUAACAAGAAUUAUGAGACCUGUGCUCGACUCCGGCCUAAGCCCGGCAUCCGCGAUCUGUCUGAAGAGUAACGUUGUCUUCGCACCGCCAGAGCCCAGUGGGAGCGUGUUGCUUGCUUCUCCUCCUCGCCUCCUUCUCCUCAUUGUCCUACGGAUAAUUCGCCUCCAUGGUGCAUUCACUUACUGCUUGGGGUCCACGCUGGCAAAAUUACGCUAUUUCAGCGGAGCCUCAGGCCCUUUCUGUGUUGUGCGACUCUUUCACUUUUGUGGUAAUGGCAUGUGCGUUUAAUCUUGACGUUCGCGGGCAUGAGCGGAGCAGGCGCCGCCAACGCUCGGGCAGAUCACCUGCAUCCCCCGGGUAGAUAACCCGCAGUCUCCGAGGCGGAUGAUUUCGAUUGCGAUUGUGCGCAUCGUGUCUCGUGCCGAGACUCCGUCCGACUUUCCUCUCCGCGCUCCCUCGUCUCUUGUUGGCCCCUGAUGGCUUGCCGUCAGUCCCUCUUCGCGAAUUCGUCGACACAAGUUCAACCAGGCGGGCUCUGCAUUGGUGGCAUUCGCCCACGCUUGACACCAAUUCAAGCAGUUUGGACAGCAUUGCAAGCGAAUUCAGCUCUGCUGCAGCAGCGGGGCAUGGCCCUCUGCACUGCUCAGCCGAAGUAGAGCAGUGUGUCCUGGCCUGUCUCUCGAAUAUCUGGACCGCAGCGCUGGCGUUGGCGGUCGAUCGCAGUGCCAGUGCGUUGUCGUAGUGAAGGAUUCACGACGUCCUACGCGACGCGAACACAGGGCCGAUCACCUGCGUGCCUAUCGAUACGCCUGGGGCUCGUAACAAGAGUUAUGAGACCUGUGCUCGACUCCGGCCUAAGCCCGGCAUCCGCGAUCUGUCUGAAGAGUAACGUUGUCCUCGCGUCGCCAGAGCCCAGUGGGAGCAAAACAAA